AUGGUCCUUCAAACCCGGUGUCCACGGCGGCCACCGCCACAGUUGCUAUUGGACGUCCAUUACGCUGUGGUUCCCAACGAGAUACUGAGUCUGAGUCGGACGUUGCCACUGUCGCCGUCGAUACUCCAUCUGGCUACGGUUCUCCCCCAGAAUAUGACGAGGGACAUCAUAAAUCACAAGCGGUGCAUAGUCUCCCGCCAAAGCCCCCACGGAUGGAGAGUACGAAAGAGAGGAAUGAAGCCCCGCUUUAACAGCCGGAGAAUACUAAAGUGGGAUAAUCUGACUCAGUUCGAAAGCCAAAUUAAAGCUCUGAUCCAACAGCAAAACGACACCAUUGAAACACUAAGAGAACACAUCGGAACACUCGAGAAGCAGAAUGAUUACCUCAAGGGACGUCUUAAUGGAAUGGAGGAGACUCUGGGGUCCUCGGAUGAUUAUGCCACUGAACUGGGGCGAGGCGGUGCGUUCAUCAUCGCUAUCUUCAAAUCCCUGGCUACCAGUAAUUACCCCGCGCAUCGGAGGGGUGUUUUGGGAUGCCUCAGAGACGAGAAGACUAGAGCCUGUGCAGCACGCGCUAUAUUUCUGGGACGAGUUGGCAAAGGCCACAAGUUUCGUGUCUGGCUACUCCAUGGCCAGAGGUUCCUUAAGACACCAAGCAUCUCGGUAUACGAAUAUCUCGGGCUCCCAGAUGACACCACAAAUACUCCAGACCUAAGGGAAGUUAUCAGAUCGCUACCACCAUUUGUACAGCGAUGCCUUCGCAAGAGGACGCGUGAGAUGAAGUCGAAUAUCAAGGAAGAUGACUUCAACGUCGUGGACGAGGACACGUCAGACGAUCAGGGCAAGAUGCGGCGCAAGCCCGGCCCUAGAAAAAGAGACCCGAUUGUUAACGCUGAUCCUGAGUCGGACCCCAAAACAGUACUAAUCACACAACCAAAACGCGGGAGAGGUCGUCCCCGCAAGGAAUCCCCACGGGACUCAACUGAAAACAGAGGCAAGGAGACCAAACUGUUUAACCCGCUAGCACGCCAGCGUGGCAGACCAAGGAAGGUCAUGAUCGAGGAAGCCCCCGCUGAUGGUCAUCGGCCAAUCAACAAGCCAAAGCAGCCAAGAGGGCGCUCAAACAAUCGACGGCAGUCUCAUGACGAGACGCCACCACCAAGACGAUAA